AUGAGCUUUUUAUCUUCAUCAUCGGAAGACAAGAAAAUUUCAUCCUCCUCUCCUCCAAUACUUUUGCCAUUAGCUUCAUCAUCCUUUGAACAGCCACAACAAAGAGCAGCUUCUUCCGUUUCUUCUUUGAACCGCCUUCCUCUUCCUUUACCGUCCAAACCAUCCCAUGAUGAUGAAACAAGUCAAAAACAACUCACAAGAUCUUCAACCGAUUCAAAUGAUGUAUCAUCAACAACAACAACAACAACGAAUCAUCAUCAUACGAGUGGUACCACUCGGAGUAUCAUGAACAACAGCAAGGAAACGAGUUGGAAUUCCAAUCAUCCUCCCAUCGUACCACUUGCUGGGUUCAAGCCUGGAUUUAUUGCUCAAAAUACCUUGACACGAACCACAGGCAACCACAACCACAACAACAACACCAACAACAAUACGACUACUAGUUCUUAUCCAGCAAGUAAUCAUGAGAGUGGUCAUAGUCCGAGCAAUUUGAACCAUUUGGAUCAUCAUCACCAUAUUCAACAACAUCAGCGAGGUAGCAUUCCCAUCAUGACCAGUAACUUGGUGAAUCAUCCACAAGCUCACUCCAUGGCUGUGAGUGAAGGUGAAGCGACCAUUCUUCCUCCAAUCAUGAUGAGGAGUGGUGCAACAGCGGCAAGUCAGUAUUCGAAUCAUGGAGUGCAUUUGCAGCAAAAACAACAAAACCUUGCAACAACGAUUGAGGUCAAUCAUGGCAAUGAUUUUAAUGGAGCUGUUGCUUCCAUGUCACUUUCAGUAGAUCCUUCACAACCGAGAAUGUCGUGUACUCACUGUAGAAAGAGCCACAGAAAGUGUGACAAAUUACAUCCAUGUGGAGAAUGUAAGAGAAGAGGUCUACAGCAUGAAUGUGUAUUUUCAGAACCUAAGAAACGAGGUCCAAAGUUACGAACAGAAAGUGAUGAAACCCUUAUCAGUGUCUCCCCGUCACCCACACUGAAACAAACACCCUCACAACGAAAAAUUAACGAACCUAAAAAGAGGAAGCUUCCCAAUGACAAUUCUCAAAAUGAAACAAACUCCCCAACUCGUGAAGUAUUGAAGCCUCCAACAACAAAUUAUCCACAGGUAGACGUGUCUCCUCUAAGCACGUUUGAAGAUGCACUAUUGGGACGAAAAGAAAUUGAUCGAAGGAAUUAUCUUUUGCAAAUGAUUAAUGUUUCACUCUCGCAUAAUUUUGACACAUCCAGCAGUGCGAGUAGUAUGUAUCAAAUUGAACCAAGUUUAGAUUAUUCAAUGCAACUCUUCUUCAGAGAGGAUUUCAUUAAUUUCAUCGUUGAUUGUUUGGAUAAUAAUCAUCGAGAAAUGUUAAAAAUGUUUGUCAAGGAGAAACUUUUACUAUGGAUUCAGCAACGAGUGAUGAGCGAUACAUUCUAUCAAAGUAUUUACAGUGCUUUCGAAGCACUCUUCUUAAAAUAUCACUGCUUAUUUAAAUUAUCCAUUUAUGAUGACAAUAGAUCAAUAUUACUUUCUGAGAGUGAAAAGAGUAUCAAACAAUGUAAAAAAGAGCUUUUCAAAUUUCUAGACUCAACACAGAUGGGGAAUAUAGAAAAAGCAUCAUGCUUCAUGUGGGCUGCAUUUAUCAACCAAGUAUUAGACGGAAGUAACGAAAUGAGUGUCACACUCUCACGGUGUGCUCUUGAUAAGUUGCAAAAUGAUAUUGCUAUCCAAACAACACAAUCACAUCAACUCUCAAAUAGCCCAAACUCCGAAUUCUUGAACAUGAUCUCCAAACAAUAUUUACUAUUUUGUAAACAUUCAUUGUGUGCCGAUAUUCAACAAGAACUACAGAAAUUGUUGAUACCAAUCGACCAAGUACAGCCAAUAAUGACCAAUGAUGUGAAUUCAAUCUACUUUAAACGACUGGUAUUGAAGGCACUGCAAUUAACUGUCAUAUUUCGUUACACAAGCUCUUAUCCAUAUUUAUUUUUGGGAGAAUUCGAGCGAUUGGUGAAAAAUAAUGACGCUUUCUCACAACUCACCAUUACGCCAGUAUCUACAACUUUGGACACCAACAUGAUGACUGCUUGCAAGACAAUACGUCAGACAUUAAUGGACAUGGAUUGUUUGAUUCCCAGAUCAUCCAUGGAAUGUUGGUCUUUCCUAUCACAACUGAAUCAACAAAUAAUCUCAACCAACUCUCCUGAUAUUUUAUUUUGGCAAUUUUUUAUUCAGUAUUUGAAAACAAGAAUGAUAUUGACAGGCUUUUCUCCUCAAUCUAAGCAAGAUUUUUCAGAACAAUUGAAUCAUAACUUGGUGUUCCACUUGAAAGCAAUCAUGGAAACUUGUUUUGUAGUUUCUCCAUUAUACAUCUCCAUAACAUUGAUAUGUGUGAGGGAUUUGAUUUUGAAUUUAAGCUCUUCACUACCCUCAAGCUUGAAAGAGGACUACAAGAAAUUCAUGACGCACCUUACCAGCUCAACUCGAGAAGGUAGCCAUAUGAGAUCAUGUGGAAAUUUAUUUAUUAACCCUCAGAAAGAAGACAUUGCUGAAUUGUUAAAUAUGGUUGAAAGGCAUUUGAAAUAUUCCAAUUGA